AUGUUGAAAAUCAUAUUCUAUGAGGAGAAGAAUUUCCAAGGUCGCUGCUAUGAGUGCAACAGCGACUGCCCAGACCUGCACUCCUACUUCAGCCGCUGCAACUCCAUCAGGGUGGAGAGCGGCAGCUGGGUCCUGUACGAGCGCCCCAACUACAUGGGGUACCAGUACGUGCUGACCCCUGGGGAGUAUACUGACCACCAGCAGUGGAUGGGCUUCAGUGACAGCAUCAAAUCUUGCCGGUUAAUCAAAAAUGUCUACGGAAACGUGUACAAGAUAAGACUGUAUGAGAGACCGGACUUCGGAGGCCAGAUGGUGGAGCACUCCGACGACUGCCUGUCGGUCCAGGAUUCCUUCAAGUUCCGUGAAGUCCACUCCUGUAUUGUAUUAGACGGCGCCUGGGUCUUCUUCGAGCUUCCCAACUACAGGGGGCGCCAGUACUUCCUGGAGCGAGGGGAGUAUCGCCAGUACACAGACUGGGGUGCCACCUCCCCCACCGUGGGCUCCUUCCGCAGGAUAACAGAGUUCUAA